AUGGUGAGCGGCCACAUCUUCCUCUGCCGGAAGAACUCGUGGCCGGCGGAGGAGUACGUCGGCCGGACCGCGCUGCAGCUGCUGGAUUUCGAUGGCGGGGCGCCGCCGGAGCAGGCUUGGCGGAGGCGGCUCAACAGCCACGCUAACAUUCUCAAGGAGUUCAGUGUCACCUUCAUGGAGGCAAUGAGGAUGAUGAGCCUUGGCCUGAGACUCUGGUCGUAUGUUCGGGAGGAGGCGUCACAUGGACGGAAAGCUCCGAUCGAUCCAUUCACAAAAGAGCGCUGUAAACCGUCAGCUUCCCAGGGUGUGCCACUUGGUGGGAUGGGGAGCGGUAGCAUUUCUAGAGGUUUCAGGGGAGAGUUCAAGAAUUGGCACAUCAUACCUGGUCUGUGUGAGAGUUCGCCGGUCAUGGAGAACCAGUUCUCUAUAUUUGUAUCUCGAGAUGGGGGGAAUAAGAAAUACUCGUCAGUUUUGGCUCCUGGACAUCAUGAAGGUCUGAAGAAAAAUAGUGACUCUGGAAUUUCUUCAUGGGACUGGAAUUUGAGUGGUCAACACUCGACCUAUCAUGCAUUGUUCCCUCGGGCAUGGACUGUUUAUGAUGGUGAACCAGAUCCAGACCUUAAAAUUUCAUGUCGUCAAAUAUCACCUUUCAUUCCUCAUGAUUACAAGGAUAGCAGCCUUCCAACAUCUGUGUUUGUGUAUACUCUAGUAAACACUGGGAGAGACCGUGCAAAAGUAAGCCUGUUAAUGACAUGGGCGAAUUCUAUUGGAGGCUUUUCACAUAAUUCAGGAGGCCACUACAAUGAGCCCUUCAUUGCGGAAGAUGGCGUAUCAGGAGUGCUUCUGCAUCACAAAACAGCUAAGGAUAACCCACCUGUCACUUUUGCUGUUGCUGCUCAUGAAACUCAGAAUGUGAAUGUGACAGUCUUGCCAGUGUUUGACCUUUCUGGAGAAAACCAUGUUUCCGCAAAGGAAAUGUGGAACACCAUGCUACAGAACGGUCACUUCGAUCGGGAAAAUUUCAGUUCUGGUUCCAGUAUGUCUUCUUCUCCAGGACAGAAACUCUGUGCAGCUGUCUCAGCCUCAACUUGGGUAGAGCCACAUGGUAGAUGUACUGUUGCGUUUGCUCUGGCUUGGUCCUCACCUAAAGUAAAGUUUCAAAAGGGAUGCACAUAUAACAGGAGGUACGCCCAAUUCUAUGGAACUUCUGAGAAAUCAGCUGUUAAUUUGGUACAUGAUGCCUUAACAAAAUAUAAACUUUGGGAAGAAGAAAUCGAGAAGUGGCAAAACCCCAUACUCAAGGAUGAAAGACUUCCAGAAUGGUAUAAGUUCACUCUUUUUAAUGAGCUUUACUUUCUGGUAGCUGGGGGGACCGUUUGGACAGAUGGUCAACCCCCAGCAAUUGAUGAGAAAAACAGUCCUGGUUCUAAUCAGCAGAAAUCCUCAAAGAGGGGUACUAAAGACACCAAGCAGGGAUCUGUUAAAGAUAGCCAUGUCAACCUGACAGUGGAGCAAGUACCUCAUGGUAGUUACAUGACUAAUGGUGAUGAUCGCAGUGUAUCAAAGUUUGCAGCAGUUCAUGGGUCACAAAUGCAAGAACAAAUCAAUGGACUCAAGUCAGAAGAGCCAAUUCCUUACUUGAUUUCAAAGGAUGGCCCUGAACAUGUUGGCAAGUUUUUGUAUCUAGAAGGAGUGGAAUACAUCAUGUGGAACACAUAUGAUAAAUCCAAGGUUAAAGGUGCUGUGCCUCAUGACCUUGGAACGCAUGAUCCGUGGCAUGAAAUGAAUGCAUAUAACAUACACGAUACAAGCAAAUGGAAAGAUUUGAACCCCAAAUUUGUGCUCCAGAUAUACAGAGACUUCGCUGCUACAGGUGAUAUGCAAUUCGGUCGAGAUGUUUGGCCUGCAGUCUGUGCUGCUAUGGACUAUAUGGAUCAAUUUGACCGUGAUGGUGAUGGUCUCAUUGAGAACGAUGGAUUUCCUGAUCAAACCUAUGAUGCUUGGACUGUUCACGGAAUCAGUGCUUACUGUGGUUGUCUAUGGCUUGCUGCACUUCAAGCUGCAGCUACAAUGGCUCAUCGUCUUGGGGAUCGUCACUUUGCUGAAAAGUACAAGCUCAAGUUCAUAAAAGCCAAAGCAGUAUAUGAGGCAAAGUUAUGGAAUGGGUCAUAUUUCAAUUAUGACAGCGGCACAAGUAGCAACAGUAGAUCCAUUCAGGCUGAUCAGCUGGCAGGACAGUGGUAUACUGCCUCGUCAGGCUUGCCCCCGCUCUUCGACGAGCACAAGAUAAGAACUGCUCUGCAGAAAAUAUUUGAAUUCAAUGUGAUGAAGGUUAAAGGAGGACGGAUGGGAGCUGUAAAUGGUAUGACUCCAAAGGGAAAGGUGGAUGAGACAUGUAUGCAAUCUCGUGAAAUCUGGACUGGUGUUACAUAUGCUGUUGCUGCAAAUAUGCUGCUCCAUGGAAUGGAGCAUCAAGGCUUUACAACCGCAGAAGGAAUUUUUAUUGCCGGAUGGUCAGAAGAAGGAUAUGGGUAUUGGUUCCAAACACCAGAAGGAUGGACCACAGAUGGGCAUUAUAGAUCCCUCGUGUACAUGCGGCCUCUUGCCAUUUGGGCAAUCCAAUAUGCAGUUUCUCCUCCAAAGGCUAUUCUUGAGGCCCCCAAAGUUAACCUAAUGGACCGAAUACAUAUAUCCCCUCACAUGGCCCGAGCAAUUAGCGAGAUAAGCAUUAGAAAGAUAGCACCCGACAAUAGAUGUUUCCCUAGCUCUGCCUUUAAUUGUGAAUGCUGA